AUGGGAAGACAGAAAGAUAAGUUUUGGCAACAUGUUGAGCCACUUGAUAGUUCAAAUUUCAAAUGCAAAUUUUAUGAAAAAAAAGUUUAUGGAGGGGUCAUUUGCCUCAAGUAUCAUUUAGCUAAGGUUAGUGGUCAUGAUGUUGCACCUUGUGAGAAAGUAUCUGAUGAUGUCCAAGCAGAAGCUCUUUUUGCUAUUAAUUCUGAAUCAAGUAGUAAAAAGUGUAAGAAUUGUACCAAUGGUGAGAGUAUAGUUGAUUCCUCUCAUUUGACUCCUUUAACUAUAACUAGUCAAAGGCAGUCCACAAUGGAGGAAAUGAUUCCUAAGAUGGACAAACCAACUUGGGAGAAAUGUUUAUGUGACUUAUUUAUUAAAAAUAACAUUUCUUUCAAUGUUGUUCAAUCGGAUGCUUUCAUCAAGUUUGUGAAGUACACAACCCGUUAUGGUCUUAGUGUUCCUAUUCGAAGUUAUGAAACCCUUCAUGGAAGAAUAAUCCCUGAAGCAAGAAAGGACCUUGAAAAAUAUGCUGAAGAAGUAAAAUUUUCUUGGAAACAAACUGGUUGCACAAUUAUGUCUGAUUCAUUGAUUGACUUGAAGAAGCGGUCUUUUCUUAACGUGAUUGCUUAUUCCUCGGGUGGUGCUCUCUUUUUGAGGUCAGAGGAGUGUUCUCAUGCUAGAUUGACUGGUCCUUAUAUAUUUGAUAUUGUUGACAGAGAGAUUCAAAGUGUUGGCCAAAAUUUAGUGGUUCAGAUAAUUUUAGACAAUGCAUCCAAUUAUUCCAGUGCACUUGAUAUGCUUAUUGGAAAGUAUCGUUGGUUGUUUAAUACUCGAUGUGCAGCCCAUGGUAUCAAUCUAAUGUUGAAUGACAUAUAUAAAAAUUCAAUUGUUGAAGUGGAAGAGAAGCUUAGACUCCUAGUUGCAUCAGCUGAGUGGAGAAGUCUAAGAAAUUAUAGAUCUGUUGAAGCAGAUAGAGUAAUGUACACUAUUCAAAGGGAGUUGUUUUGGAAUGAUUCAAAAGAGAUUUUGAGAUUUAUGGAACCAAUCAUUCGAGUUAUUCGUUUGGUUGAUGGUGAUGGGGCUACGUCAGGAUAUUUGUAUGAAGCAAUGGAAAGAGCCAGAGAGGUAUUGGAAAAGCUUGAUGAGGUUGACCAUCGGUAUAAUCAAAUUUUGGAUGUCUUUGAUAAGAGAAGGGAUGAAAACAUUUUGGGUACUAUUCACUAUGCAGCUACUGUUUUCAACCCUACUUAUUUUUUGAGUGAAAGAUUCAAAAAGAUUCCUCAAUUGAAAGAAGCAACAUAUUUCAUUGGUGAUAUAUUGGUUCCACAAGAUGAGAGGAGAAACUAUUAUGAACAAUUGGCCGUAUAUCACAUGAAGUCUAGCAUUAUUUUUACUCCUAGUGCCAAGACGCUGAUGGAAAAGUAUGCCAUUCCAAUAUUGAGCCAACCAUGUAGUUCUUCGUCUUGUGAGAGAAAUUGGAGUGCCUGGGAUGCAACACAAACAAAAAAGAUGAAUAGAUUGUCAGUAGCGAUGUUAGAUGAUUUAGUCUACGUCAGAAUGAAUUCGUUGAUGAUGGAAAAGAGAGGUGAACUUGAACAAAAAAACAUGUUGCCCAUUAAUCUUAACAGUAUUAGUGCCAAUGAUUUUGAUCAAAGCAAUGAGGACGUUGAUAAAGAGCUAGGGAGAUUAUUGGAUGAUGUGGAUGACAGCAUCGUUGAAGACUUGCUAUUUGGUGCAAGUGCUAGUUUUACUGAGAGUGAGACUCAACCCUCAAAUAGUAUUAUCUGA